AUGGCGAUUGGCAAAGAAUUUGGUGCAUCCAAACAAUUUCAGAAUUCAAGGGGAAGAGGCCGACAACUGGGAUCUACACGGGCUAAUAACUCGGCUCAGAAGUAUGGUCUUCCAACAAAUUCUAUCAAUGAACCAUCCAACCAAGAUCAGCGGUUCGAUGAUGUUAAGGCAUUAGAUGAAUUGGAAGCAAAAUUCAAUUUCAGUCGUUAUGAAGAUGGUCCCGAGCAAUUGGGCUGGAUGCUUAACAUGCAUGAGACCCUCAUAAAAGACGAUGAAUGGCCUUCUGGAAGGGCUGGAGUUGAUUUUUACUUUCUCAAUGACAAUGGAGAGACCUUUAAAACUACACAAGCCUAUAGCCCAUACAUGUUUAUUGGUUGCAAGGCAGGAACCGAGGCAGAAGUUGAAGAGUUUCUGAGACGCCGAUUUGAAAAUACCAUUGAAAAGAUGAAGCGGGUCAAAAAAGAGGAUCUUGACCAGGCAUGUUCUUUUAGACUCAGUCCUAAUCAUCUGGUAGGAAACACACGCACAUUGAUUCAACUGUAUUUUAGAAAUAUGAAUGAUAUGUACGGUGUACGUCGUGUUCUUUUACCAGCAAUAAAAAAGAAUCAAGCGAAGAUCAGUGCUAUGGAUACAUAUGCAGAGGUCGUUAGUGAAGCUAAUAAUGUUCACUACGAGCCUGAACAUUCCUCUGCCUCCAUGGCCUCUCGCAGAAACCCUAAUGAGUCCCUGGAAAAUAUCAUUGAUAUUCGAGAAUAUGAUGUCCCUUAUUAUGUCCGUGUAGCUAUUGAUCUCGAUAUCCGUGUAGGUCUUUGGUAUACUGCAACUGCAAAAGACGAUGGUUCCGUUUCUCUAUCACUUCGCCCUGAGCUUGUUCAUCGUCCUGAACCUGUUGUCCUUGCUUUCGAUAUCGAAACCACUAAGUUGCCACUCAAAUUCCCUGAUGCUUCUUACGAUUCUAUUAUGAUGAUCUCAUAUAUGAUUGAUGGACGAGGCUACUUGAUUACAAAUAGACAAAUUGUAAGCCAAGAUAUUGAAGAUUUUGAGUACACGCCAAAACCCGAAUUCGAAGGUCCAUUCACAAUCUUUAACGAAGAGGAUGAGUGUGCUCUUUUGACACGAUUCUACGAACAUAUACAAACCGCUCAACCGAAUAUAUAUGUAACAUAUAACGGUGACUUUUUCGAUUGGCCAUUCAUGGAAGCACGAUCCAAAGCGAAUGGUAUUGACAUGUACAAGGAAAUUGGUGUAUAUAAAGAUGAAGAGGAUGAAUAUAAGUGUAAACACGCCAGUCAUAUGGAUGCCUUUAGAUGGGUGAAACGUGAUUCUUAUUUACCACAAGGAAGUCAGGGUCUUAAAGCAGUGACGACUGUUAAGUUAGGAUAUAACCCUAUGGAAUUAGAUCCAGAAGACAUGACUAGAUUUGCUUCAGAGCAGCCACAGACGCUCGCCCAAUACUCUGUUUCAGACGCUGUAGCAACAUACUACCUUUACAUGAAAUACGUUCACCCUUUUAUCUUCUCCUUGUGUAAUAUUAUUCCUUUGGUUCCUGAUGAAGUGCUACGAAAAGGAACAGGAACUUUAUGUGAAUUGCUGCUGAUGGUCGAAGCUUUCAAAGUGAAUGUUAUUAUGCCUAAUAAACACAUGGAAGCAACCAACCAAUUUUUUGAUGGACAUCUCCUGGAGAGCGAAACAUAUGUUGGAGGUCACGUUGAAGCGCUUGAAGCAGGGGUUUUCCGAAGCGAUUUACCUACUGAUUUUAAAAUAGAGCCACAAGCUGCACAACAACUAAUAGAUCAACUAGAUGAUGCUCUUAAAUUCACAAUUCGAGUGGAAGAGAAGAAAAAUCUCGAAGAUAUUGAGAAUUACGACGAAGUGCGCGAUGAAAUCAAACGCCAAUUAGAAGAUCUGCGCGACAAGCCUUUACGCCAUGAGCCGCCUUUAAUUUACCACUUGGAUGUUGCAGCAAUGUACCCAAAUAUUAUUCUGACGAACCGACUCCAACCAGACGCUAUGGUCGACGAAUCAACAUGCGCUACAUGCGAAUUUAACCGACCCAACAAAACAUGCGAUCGACGUAUGACAUGGUCUUGGCGUGGUGAAUACUUCCCUGCGAAACAAAACGAAUAUCGUAUGAUUCAGCAUCAGUUGAGUAUCGAAAGCUUCCCGCCGAAGUUCCCAAAUGGCCCCAAACGACCAUGGCAUACACUUUCUGAGGCUGAACAGGGUACUUUACUGAAUAAGCGUUUGAGCGAUUACUGCCGUAAAGUUUAUAAAAAAGUUCAUGAGACAAAGACGAUCGAAAGAGAAUCCAUUAUUUGCCAACGCGAAAAUCCUUUUUAUAUUGAAACUGUUCGAGCGUUCCGUGAUCGCAGAUACGAAUACAAAGGUCUUCAUAAAACAUGGAAGCAAAACAUGGACAAGGCUGUAGGAGAAGGCCAAAUAACAAGAAUGGCGGAAGCCAAAAACAUGAUCGUCUUGUACGAUUCGCUUCAGCUGGCUCACAAAGUCAUUUUAAAUUCUUUCUAUGGUUAUGUGAUGCGUAAAGGUGCCCGCUGGCAUUCACUUUCAAUGGCUGGUAUUGUGUGCUUGACUGGAGCCAAGAUCAUCCAGAUGGCUCGUCAGCUUGUAGAACGUAUAGGUCGUCCUCUUGAGCUAGAUACUGAUGGUAUUUGGUGUAUCUUACCCAAAAGUUUUCCUGAAACUUUCUCGUUUAAGCUCAAAAACGGUAAAAAAAUCAAUAUCGAUUAUCCGUGUACCAUGUUGAACCAUCUUGUACACGCCAAAUUUACCAACGACCAGUAUCAGGAUCUUGUUUCUCCUGAGACAUUCGAAUACAAAACUCACAGUGAAAACAGUAUCUUUUUCGAAAUUGACGGACCUUACCGUGCCAUGAUUCUACCAUCAUCAACAGCUGAAGACAAACUGCUUAAAAAGAGAUAUGCUGUCUUUAACACAAACGGAUCCCUUGCAGAACUCAAAGGUUUCGAAGUUAAGCGCCGUGGUGAGCUUAAGCUCAUUAAAAUCUUCCAAUCUCAGAUUUUCAAGGUGUUCUUGGAAGGAAAGACACUCGAGGAAUGCUAUAAGGCCGUAGCAAAAGUAGCUGAUCAAUGGCUGGAUGUUCUGAUAAGUGAAGGAGAAGAACUUUCCGAUGAAGAACUUUUUGAGCUGAUUUCAGAGAAUCGAAGUAUGUCAAAGACGCUGGAAGAAUACGGUUCUCAAAAAUCUACUUCCAUCACAACCGCUAGACGUCUUGCAGAAUUUCUGGGUGAUGAAAUGGUUAGAGAUAAGGGUUUGGCAUGCAAGUUUAUUAUAUCUAAGAAGCCUUUGGAUUUACCUGUGUCCGAACGUGCUGUGCCGGUUGCUAUCUUCAAUUCCGAUCCUAGUACACGAAAGCACUUUCUGCGCAAGUGGCUUAAAGACAAUUCGAUCGUAGACUUUAACAUUCGUGGUAUAUUGGACUGGGAAUACUACAAAGAGCGAUUUGGAAGUGUCAUACAAAAGUUAAUCACAAUUCCCGCAGCAAUGCAGAAAGUCAAUAAUCCAGUUCCUCGCGUGCGCCAUCCUGACUGGCUUUUUAAGCGUGUAGCCGCAAAGGACGACAAAUUUAAACAGCAUCGAAUUACCGAUAUGUUUACAUUGGAUGUUCCUAGAAUGAAUAACAGUGCCGCUAGUUUGGUUAGUCGUCACCUCGCAAAGGUCACGAAGCGCAAGAAACCAGAGACUACCGCAGCGCUUCCUGAAGAAGAUCGACAAGAAAAUAUGCCAGACAUGUAUACGGACUAUAGUGCUUGGCUAGUAUUUCAGAAACGCAAAUGGAAGCGACAGCGUCUUCUGCGCCAAGAGAAUAAGGAUAUGUACGGCCAAGUUAGAACAGGUGAUAGAAGUAAUGUAGGCGGCUACUUUAAACGUCAAACAGGAUCUUUAGUUUCAAGUGUUUGGGAAAUUGUGCAAAUUGUGGAGACAGAUUCACCAGGAGAAUUCAAAAUGUGGAUUUUUGCACAGCAACAAAUGCACUGUGUCAAGUUAUCUAUUCCACGAACAUUUUACCUCAACAGCCGUGAAGAAGAGCCUACUGAAGUAUUUCGACAAAAUCCAUCCUGUGAAAUGGCUCGAUGUGUACGUACACUACCACGCUCACGCCCCUGUUUGAAUCUUUUCCGUAUUUCUAUGUCAGAAGCAAAAUUCCAAGAAGAGCAAAAAAAAUUCUCGUCCAUUUUCAACGAUCCGUCCACUGAAGGUGUUUAUGAAACACAAAUGCCUCUUGGUGUACGAGCUUUGUUGGAAUUGGGUACUUUGUGCGAGGUUAACAAAAAGAAGGCUGGACGUAACAGCUUAGAAGACUCCUUUAUAUUGGAUGAUUUAAUUCCAAGAAGCGAUUCUCGUCUACAGUACAUCAGUCAACCCAGAGAAUUCAAUUACAUCUAUCUUUAUCACGUCAAUACAGAUAAUCGUCAUUUCUUUAUUCUUAUCGGCGCCUCUCUCCCACAAGCACGCGUGUUUUUAGUUGGAAGCAGCCAGUUAAACCAACAGAUGCCCAAUAUCAAACGUAUCUAUAACGAUAUAUAUGAACAAAAAUUUGGCGUAUCAGAGCUUCAAAAGACUACCGUGGCUAUAAAAAAAGAUAUGGAAUUUGAAGUGACUUUCCACAAGAAUGAAAGAGAAGUAUUCAAGGGACUUAACAAGACUCUUGGAAAAUACCAAGAUCUAAAACGAGGUCCUACUGUGCUUGUUAUAAGUUCUCCUCGCCCAGCCAGCUAUUUUACUCAGCAGACACGCGUGAUGAAUGAGUUUCCCUACAUGACACUACUCUCACUACAGCAAGACAACCGAUUUGACGCCCUCAAUUGGGUGCAGCCUGUUAUCAAGCGCAUGUUUGAGCAUUAUUUUAAUUUAAGUUCGAGUGUCAACAAAAGAUUAUCCCAGGCUAGAUACUCAUCUGUACCAUUUUGCAAUAUUCCUGAAGACGCUAAUCUAUUCAUGGCGGAUAUAGCCAUAGCACGUCGUAUGGUAAAGAACGAUAUGAUUCUUUGGUGGUCUACUUCCACUAAGCCUGAUCUUGGUGGGCGUGAAGACGAUGAAAACUUGCUGGCAACAGAAGAACCGAUAAAUCCAGAAAUCAAUAAUCCAGGUCUAUAUCAAGACAUUUGUGUGGAAAUUGACAUCUCGCGCCUUUGUCUUGACACAAUUCUAGAAGCACCUUGCAUCAACGAACUUGAAGGAACUUCAGGCGCGACUGCAUUUGAUGCCGUAGCACACACACUCGAUGAGUAUGCCAAUGGUACCGUCAGCAUCGCAUCUGCAUUUGGCGAUGGGUCCAUAUCUCAAAAAACCUUUAUGAUGCUACGGUCUACGGUUCAAAUGUGGUUCGUUCAAGCGGCUGCCCAGGGCAUCGAAUUGGCAGAAGCCAUGACAGAAACUCUCCACCGUUGGUUACUUAGUCCUACAUCUGGAAUGUAUGAUCCUUGCAUGUACGCGCUGGUACAUGGUAUGAUGAAGAAGGUGUUUAUGCAACUGGUGGCCGAGUUUAAGCGACUAGGUGCUACGGUGGUAUUUGCAAAUUUUCACAAAAUUGUGUUGGCAACAUCCAAAGAAACUAUGGACAGUGCUCUUCCUUAUUGCGAGUACAUACUUCGUUCAAUUGAGAAAAAGCAAGUGUUUGAAGUAAUUGGACUUAAUCUGGUCGAGUACUGGGAUGUAUUAGUGUGGAUGGACGAAACAAACUAUGGUUGUGUUAACGCCAACACAGACGAAGGCACGAAGAUUACAUCUAUUUGGAACAUUCAGUCAUACCUUCCCACUGCUGUUCAAGGAAUGUUCAGAAAUCUUUGUGCUGGUUUUGUACACCAGGAGCUUUUGAGUAAAAAGAAGUUCCCCCGAGGCUUGUCAGGCCACUUAGGAGUUCCAGGAGAUACCAACCAAGUUAACCCACGUACACAACAUAUACAAGAGUAUAUCAGAAGUGAUGUGAUGCGAGGUAAUUUGCGCUGGUUGCCACAGUUCUUACAUCGUCAAGAAGCCAAUACAACUGGCGAAGAUGAGGCUUUAAAGUUUCCUCAACUUCCGGGCUCUCAUCUCAACAUGACAAAUCCUGCUCUUGAAUACAUCAAAUUCAUUUGUGCCGUGUUCAAUCUCGACAAAACACUUGAAAAAGAAGUCCGAAUCUUUAAGCGCAAUGCUCUCAGGGCAAUGGGUGGUAUGAGUGACUUUAGCAGUGAGGCUCAGUUCCGGAACCCGUGUGAAUAUGUCAAAGUCUACCGGGUGGUUUGUACCAGUUGUAAUUAUACAGCUGAUCUUGACUUCUGCCGAGAUGAGAGCUUGAGGCCCGUAAAUGGGCAAGUACAGCCAUGGCGUUGCCGAGGCUGCCACUUUGAGUACGAUAAGCAUCGAAUUGAGGAACUUAUGAUUGGUCAGGUACAGCGCUGGCUUACGUCUUUCCAACUUCAGGAUCUUAAGUGUGGACGGUGCCGUGGUGUGAAGCGCGAAAACUUGUUGCAACAGUGUGAUAAGUGUGGAAGCGAAUAUUUGCCUACACAGUCAAAGGCUGAUAUUAUCCGUAGGUUGCGAGUAUUUGGAAACGUAGCACGCGAACAACAAUUGCGUCUGUUGGGAGAGAUUAUUCAAUGGAGUUUAACCCGUAUCUAAAGGACGAAUGUACAUAAUACAUAUUCAUAGCAUUUUUAUUUUACUUUUUUAUUUAUUUAUAUUAAAAACAAAAAA